CACUUUUAUAAUUAUUUUAUAUUAUAUGUUUCUAACAUGAAGUGGUGGCGGACUAGAAGGAUCGCGGGCUCUUAUACUGUCUAGCGCGGUUUCGUCCAUUGUUUUCACAGGAUUUUCUCCGUGGUUUUAAUCAUGUUUUGUUCUAAGUGUGGGAGUAGUUUAGAAUCUUCCAAUAAAUUUUGUUCCUCUUGUGGGCACAACCGCACAAGUUGAUUGAAACAACCGAAACAAGUGCUACUUCCAAAAGUUCGAAAGAUACAACUACACGUGGAACGAAAUGUCUUAGUUUCGAGGAGUAUGCCGCAAAAAAAAAGAAGAAAGGGCGACACACUUUAGAAGCUCGUCAAAGAAAAAAGCAAAGCCGAAAGAUACGGAAACAGUGGCAUUAAUAAACAUUGGUUUAAUGAAAUACGUCAGUUUUGACACGACAACUCCUGUUCGUGGAAAAUCGUUGCCAUUAAAGGUAAACAAAGACGCCAAAUAUGCGAAAGUUUUUUCUGUGGCGUUGACAAAAAGGGAGGCCUAUGACAAGUCAUUUGACACUAAAUUAAGUUGGAAACUAGUCUACCCUGAUGGUCAAUAUUGUUUAACACUUCCGGGUCAGGAAGAUCAAGAGUUCACUUUAAGAAAAUAUAAAGAAGACCUGGGAAAACCAUACAAUCGAAUCACCUUAUACUUGUGCCCAGAAGAACCAGAUUUCAAUCCUGAAGCAUUUUAGCAAGUGACGAAGAUCAGUUUGAUGUUACUCAGGAUGUCAGGUAAAUUUUGGGAAACAUGGAGCCAAAUAAUAAAAAGCUCAAUAGUUUUAAUACCCAAGCAUUCUAAACUUUUCCAAUAAAAAAGCCAGCCACCGUCUUACUGCAUUCAACAUCUUUUGGUGGGAAAUGAUGUAAUAAAUUUGUGGGUAUUAAUUAAUUAAUACAGACAUACUAAUUGUGUGCAACAAAACUUUGUUUACAACAAUUGUAGGCUGUUAGAAAUUUCGG